UUCAUCGCGGUUUUUCAACUUUUUCUAUCUAUCAAACAAUCAUCACUACUGUCAAUGUCACUAGUUUCUCCCGCCACUUGAUCGCGUUCUAAUCUAACAGCCUUGCUUCGAAUCUUCGAUGUGAAGGCUCGCCGAAUAGGAGAUGCUGCUUCAGUUGUCGUUCGUCUACGACAAACAUUAGAUUCUCAAAAAACCAAGCAUUACCCAUGGCUCCAUCUAGAAAAUCCAAAAGUGUCACUAACAAAGAUAAAAAUACAGAGAAUGUUAGCAAGACUAGGCCGCAGGGUAGUCCAGGAAUUCAGAAGAAGAGAAAAUUGGCUGACAUGUUAGGACCUCAAUGGAGUAAGGAGGAGCUAGAGUGUUUCUAUGAAGCUUUCCGUAAAUAUGGGAAAGACUGGAAGAAGGUGGCUGCUGCUGUGCAUAAUAGAUCUUUGGAAAUGGUAGAAGCUCUAUACUCUAUGAAUCGAGCAUACUUGUCUCUUCCAGAGGGCACUGCUUCUGUGGUUGGACUCAUAGCAAUGAUGACGGAUCAUUAUAAUGUACUGGGAGGAAGUGAUAGUGGACAAGAAACCAACGAAGAAACAGAAGCAUUUACAAAGCCUUCAAAAUCUUCGCGGCAGAAAUGUUCAGAUGGCAACUAUAAAGCAUUAGAUGGACAUUUUUCAGAUCAUUCUCAGUCACAUUCAGUUCUAUCAGGUGAUGGUUGCCUGUCAUUGUUGAAGAAGAGGCAUUCUGGAAUAAGUUCUCAUGCUGUUCGCAAAAGAACUCGUGUCCCUGUUUCACAUUCCAUUGGUAAGGAUAUUGGUGAAAAGCGUUUUUCACCAGCUAGGCAAGGUUCCAGGCAAAUGGUCGACAGUAAUGAUGUUGCUCAUAAGAUUGCAUUAGCACUGACAGAGGCUUCACAAGUAGGCGGGUCUUCCAAAGUUUCUAGAUCACCAAACAAUAAAUCUAAGGGCAUUAUGUCAUCACCUGGUCAGAAUAACGAGAGGAAGCACACUAAAUCAGAAGCAGCAGCAUCCAAAUUUUGCCAUUCUGACUUGAAUGAGGGUACCUCUGAAUUGAGUUUAGGAAGCACGGGGUGUGGCAAUGGAGAUUAUUCUCGAAAACUGAAUCAACGGAGCAACAGAGUGAAUGCCAGAAGAGGAAAACAUGAAGAAAAGGGAACAAAAUACUGCAGAAAAAAGUUCGAACUCAAAGGAAAUGUGAAUAAGCAUUUGGAUGAUGUAAAGGAAGCUUCCAGUGGGACAGAUGAAGAUAAAGGACUGGAUUUAAUCAAGUAUAAAAUAGACACUAAUUUUGCUGGCACCAAAAGUGCUAGGUCCUCUUUCAAGAGUCUCAGGAAGGAAAGUAGAAAAGUAUUGCUUGAAAAAAAAGAGGGGAAUCAAAGAAUUUGUGGUCUGGUUACUGAAAGAAUAUACAAAUGCCAUUGUUAUCCGUGUGAGCAGAGAAUUCAGAAGAAAGAUAAAGCAAUUACCCGUGAAGAUGAAGGCUCUUCUUUUGAUGCUCUGAAUGCCUUGGCUGAUCUGUCUUUGAUGAUGCCAGUUGCAAACCCUGACACCGAGUCACCUGUUCGGGUGAUGGAAGAAAGCCAAGGAGUUGUUGAUGAGUCUCAAGUGGAAACCGAUCAUGCAAUUUUGAGUGAUGAAAGCACUGCUUUAAGUAAACUGGGUUUGAUUUCUUCUGAUCAUGGAGUUUUAGUUCCUCAAGAAGAAGGCGCCUUCCACCUUGAUGCUAGAAAGAGGAAAAGAAGACAAACAUCUUCAAUAUUGAAAGCUACUGACAACGUGACAAAGUCUGUUGCCAAGGGUAAGCGCUCUUCUAUUUCUACACCACAAUCAAGACAAUUAAAGGUGGUACAACCCCCAGGAAUGAUGUCUUCAAGUAAUGAUGACAAAGGAGGAAGGGAUGAUUUGCUGCUAUUACCCAUGAAAGUUUCACCUACAGACAAAGCGGGUCUAGCAACCAAAGGAAGGCAUAGGCGGAAGAUGGAAAAACCAAAACCAAUGAUACAACAAGAUAGAAAGGUGUCAGAAAAUAAUUUUAGUGGUCAACAUAUUAAAUCCAUUCUCCAGAACAGCGUAUUAAGACACAAGGAAAAGCUUAUUCAUUGCCUGUCUUCACAUCAAAUUCGGCGAUGGUGCACUUUUGAGUGGUUUUACAGUGCUAUAGAUUACCCAUGGUUUGCAAAGAUGGAGUUCAUGGAGUACUUGGACCAUGUUGGAUUGGGGCAUGUUCCUAGACUGACUCGUAUUGAGUGGGGGGUCAUUAGGAGUUCUCUUGGCAGACCUCGGAGGUUUUCUAAGCAAUUUUUGGUAGAAGAAAAAACAAAGUUAAAUCAAUACCGGGACUCUGUUAGGGCACAUUAUGCAGAACUUCUUGCUGGUACCAGGGAAGGCCUUCCAACUGAUUUGGCCAGGCCGUUAAUUGUUGGACAGCGUGUCAUUGCUAUUCACCCAAAGACGAGAGAGAUUCAAGAUGGAAGCGUACUAACUGUUGACAACUGUAGGUGUCAGGUUCAGUUUGACCAGCCUGAGCUGGGGGUUGAAUUUAUCAUGGAUAUUGACUGCAUGCCUCUGAAUCCUAAUGAAAAUAUGCCAGCAUCUCUGAUAAGGCGCAGUGUGAUUCCGGAUAAACUAGAUGACAACCUUAUUGAGUUCAAGCUUAAUGGGAAAUUGAAACAAGGAAAGAUUGAGGAGCACAGGAUAUUGUUCCCUAGCGAGAACUUUGAUCAUGUUGAUGCUCCUUAUAUACCCCCCUCAGCUCAUGGCGUCAAAAGUUUAUUGAACCAGGGCAUCUCUUCAAGUUCCAAAUUGCAGGCUAAUGUUGCUUGCAAUGAGAUCGGUAAUGCCUUACUGUCAGCAAAUUCUAAAGCUUUUUUUCAUGAACAUGUUCCAUCCAAAGAAGCUGGCACAAAUGCUGUUUUUGAGCUGGCUCGUGCUCUUCACAAAAAGGAAAUUGUGCUGUCUGAACUGAAGCAAAUGAAUGAUGAGGCAUGUGAAAGACGGAACUAUGGGGACCACUCUUUAAAGGAUUCAGAGCCGUUUAAGAGGCAUUAUGCUGCAGCAUUGUUGCAGUUAAAUGAAGUGAACCAGCAGGUCUCUUCUGCCUUGUUUUGCAUGAGACAGCAUAACACAUAUCAGGGGAACUCUAAUUUACGACCAAGGCCCACAGCUAAUUUGGAUGAUCUUGGUGGUCAUGCUAGCUCUUCGUAUUGUUCAGCUUCUCACAACCAAAAUUGUCGAUCUCAUAUAGCUGAAAUUAUUGAAAGUUCUAAAAGAAGAGCCCGUACAAUGGUUGGUGCAGCUAUUCAGGCGAUGUCAUCUUUUAGUAAGACACAGAGUAAGGUUGAAGGAAUUGAGGAGGCAAUUAAUUUUAUAAAUAAUCGGCUUUCAGUGGAUGACCAUGCUGCUCCAUCCUCGCAAUUCAUGCCCACAGAUUCUGUUCAUGCCACACUAGUUUCUCAGGAUCAGAUGAUUGCAAGUAAAUCAAAUCCUCUGCCAAGUAGUCAUUUACAAGAUCCUGAACUAAACAGCUCAUCUGAUCAAAAUGAAGUGAAAAUUCCCUCGGAACUUAUUUCUCAAUGUCUAGCUACAUUGCUGAUGAUCCAGAAAUGUACAGAAAGACAUUUCCCACCUGCCGAUGUUGCUCACGUGCUAGAUUCUGCAGUCACAAGCUUGCAGCCAUUUUGUUCAAAGAAUCUUCCAAUAUAUGGAGAGAUACAGAAAUGCAUGGGUGUCAUCAGAAAUCAGAUAUUGGCACUCAUACCUACCCAAACUACCUAGCUUCAAAUCCAUUUCUUGUCAUUUGAUAAAUCUUUACGACUCUCAGCAAUCUCACUUGAUUAACCACCCAUGGGGUAUCCAUGUAUUUGAUAAAACACGUGAAUGCUAGUGUUGGUAUUACAUAUGUGUUUUUAUUAUGUAGAUAACAGCUUGAACUCUCUUCUGGUAAAAAAAAACAAAGAAAAUUACACCUU